CGUCCUAUGUACGUACAUACACACAUGCCCAACCUCGCGCCCUCUACCACCCGCUGGGCUGGGAGUUCCGUGGCCACGGCUUCAGAAACGCAAAAGCAACCAUGUCCAAGUCCCCAAGACUGCUUCCAAGACACGCUCCGAUUUGAGCAGACGUGAAAAGCACAUGUAGGGGAACCGACGUCGAGACUGCGUCUCCCAUGGCUCUCCACCUGUGCCGAAGCCCUCAGCUCCGACACCAGUCAUCUAUAUACCCUGCCGUGGUUGUCUGAAGCCAUGUCGACACAUCAAACGUACCGCACCACACUCCCAGCCUAGACCCGAUCCCAAGAAGCACUUUGCAUUCUACCCGCCAAAUCACACACGCAGCCGCCAACAUGCCCAAGAUCGUCCGCCUCACCCUUCUCAAGGUCGCCGACAAGGACACCAUCCAGCAGGCAAUCAAUCACUACAGCACCCUCACUCAGGACGCGAAAAAGGACGGCAACAACUACAUUCAACUUGCCCAAGCAAACGCAACCUACGAGGACGACCGCAGCCAGGGCUACAACCUCCUGAUUCGCUGCAUCUUCAACUCGGUCGACGACAUGAACUACUUUGAUCAGCAAGACGAGUCUCACGCCAAGAUCAAGGAGAUGCUCAUGCCAAAGAUGGACGGCAAGCCCUUGAUCAUUUACUCCGAUAUGCAGGGGGGUCCUUGAAUAUAAGCCGCUGGGAUAUUUGUAAGACAGGCAUGUACGUCAUCUAUCGACUUUGUUGUAGCCUGUCUAUCCAUCAGCGAGCACGUGGCUUGGUAAGGCUAUUGUGCUGCUUGCGAUGCCUUCACCACGCUUAGCAAAAUUUAUGUCGGGACUAGCGUCUGUGACAGCUAGAAAAAUCUCAAUAAGAGUGGAUUCUCAUUGACUGUAUCACAAGUCUCCAUUCACCGUCGUGAAAAGAGUGACUUGCCUAUUGGAAUGGAAUGGUGUAUUCACAUGUUGGGCGAUAAUGACACUGACAAACAA